AUGACUCUCAACAGCCGCUCAGCCGCGCAGAGCUCCGAGCCAUCAGUCUUCCCAGAAGACAUGGUGGAGGGAGAAGUCAGAUUAAAUCUGAGCCGAUCCACGAGAGUGUCGAGUGUCGAGAUCUCCGUCCAGCAAGUAUCGCCAGGGCACAAGAACACUGUUUUGGGCCAGACUCAAGAACUUCUCUGGUCUUCUGCCUGGGGCUCCGCGUUGAAUGAAACAUUGAAACAUAGGCUUUCGAUUCCCCACUUCUCUUCAUCCAACUCCUCCGUCAUUUCCGUUCGUUCGAAUACCUCGACAUCGUCUGAUCGGUCCGUGUAUCAUGUCGAGUUUGUGAUGCACCGUCCUGGUCUCAACUCUGCCAUACAGAGCCCCAGAGUCGUUCCAUGGGCGGGUCCUGCUCAAGAGAUCACCAUAAACCUGAGAGGACUUGGAUCAUAUCACAAAGAGGUCCAGGUAAUCUGUAAGCUUGAAGUACCUGCAGCAAUGGAAAUCCACUUGCCCGGGCCUGUUCCUCUACGACUUACUCUCUUCUCCGAUGACCGCGAUGCCCUCGGCCUCUGCUCCUCCAGGGAAGCCAUCAACGUCAGAUUGGUGAAGUCGUGGGCAUUCGGCGAGAAAGCUCAUAAAAUUAAUUCCAAGAAACGUGCAGAAUUCAAUCGCGAAUACUGCGUCGAUAUAGCGACGUGGCGAAAGGAUGCAGACGACGAGCCAGUCAUGAUGCCUCCAUCUACACGCUCCACUUCGCGGCCAGGCUAUCGCAUCCUCUUACAUGGAGAACUGAAGAUCAACGACUUCGAACCUACGCUAGAUUACAGAUACGGUCCAGGCAUUGGAAUCAUGGCAAUAAAGGUACGUGAUAUCUCUGGACCAUCUACACUGGUCUAUAAUAUUUUAUUCGUUCCACACGACGCCAUUACCAAGUAUGAUAUCCGUCUCUUCACCCUCACUCCCGAAGGUUUCACCCCCACUGUCGCAUUGAAUCGGAUCCUCUUCAGUGCACCGAUCAAGAUGUUGAAGGAGUCGUCCAGGCAGAAUAUAACAUCACUCCCCGCAUGUUUGCUUGUUGUAGUUGUUCCUACUUAUACCAUUAUUACCAAUAUCCAAGCCUUAGAAAUAUAUAGAGAGGGUCGCUUUGUGCUCCUUGUAUCGCAUGAUUGA